CUAUUUGGGGGUUGCAAUGAGUACAUCUGCAAGGGGCGCGUGGUGUUACUGGGGUGUCAGUCACGGCUGAUCUGCCUACCAACAAUCACAUCCAUGGCAACAUUCCAAUAGUGAUCAAUUGUUAAUUGAUACCCAAUCAAAUCGGCUAUUUAAGGAUGCAGCUGAAAAUUCAACAAUCGUCAGUAAUGUAGUUGUGUUGUACUAAAAGUUGUAGUAAAAUUUAAAUAAUCGUACUUACGUUUGAAAUAUAUACAUAAAUAUAAUAAUUUAUCGACGAAAAAAAAUAAGUGACAAAUGUUUCCAGUGAGCGAGAAACAAAAAAAUAUAUUUACCACUAAAUUGUAUAACACCGACCACUUUACAUCGGUUAAUGCAAUCCAGUUAAAUAAUAAUAAUAUUAAUGAUAAUAGUGAUAAUAAUAUCGAUAGUACCGUCGAAUUUAAAUUUGAAAUAAAUUUAACAAGGAAAUCCCAUCAAACAAUGCUUAGUUAUCUCGCUGACAUUCCAAGUUAAUGCGUGUAAUAUUUACUUAGGCGUUAGCGGUAACAUUAGUGUUCAAUUAAAGUAACUAUGCGGCUUAUUUGUAACAGCAAAACCUCAUUCUAAAUUCGCGAAUCAUUAUAAUAAUUGAUAAUUACUCCAGUGAUAAUAAAAUUUAAUUAUUUGUUUACCUGAUAGUCGGUUAUAUCAAGUAUUAAUUACUUGUAUUUAAAUAUUUACCGUGAUUUUAAGUAUACAGGCUAGUAAUAUCAUAGAUUUUUAAUUUGAUAGAUAAAAAUUAAUAUUUACAAUUCAAGGGCUAAUUUUUUAAGUCACGGGUAGGGAUCUUUAUUUAGGGUCAAGUGUUUGAUUAAAUAUAAGUAAACAAGAUGGCUUUCGCCGCGGCACGUAUGAUCCUCAAGGACAAACGACGAAAAGCCAGCAAAGAAGAUUUCGCGCCCAGAGCUAGGAGCAAGGCUCGCAGUGCCAGUACAAGUAGCUUUAGAAGCCUGAGCCAGGCUCGCAAUAAACCAGCUGACGGAACCGGACACGUUAAUCAAAAAGGAACUAGUGGGCAAAAAGCACCCUUAACUGGAGGACAGAAAGGUGCGGCCGCAAAAGGAUCCGGUAAGCCGGCUCAGAAACCAAGCGCACAAAAGGGACAAGUUAAAGUAACACCAAAAGCGGCUUGUGUUAAGACCGGGAAAAAUAAAAAGAAGGGACAACGACAACAGUACGAUUUGAUUGUCACCAUCAAUUUGUCGGAAUAUGGCCUCACGGAGGAUCAAGUUGCUGAGUUCAAAGAAGCAUUUAUGCUGUUUGACAAGGAUGAAGACGGUACGAUUACCAUGGCCGAGCUGGGGGUCGUGAUGCGCUCACUGGGGCAAAGACCAUCGGAAACGGAACUUCGAGAUAUGGUGAAUGAAGUUGACCAAGAUGGGAAUGGUACUAUUGAAUUCAAUGAAUUUUUACAAAUGAUGUCGAAGAAAAUGAAGGGAGCUGACGGUGAAGCUGAAUUACGAGAAGCAUUUAGAGUAUUUGAUAAAAACAAUGAUGGGUUAAUUUCAUCAAUGGAAUUACGACAUGUAAUGACGAAUUUAGGAGAAAAAUUAUCUGAAGAAGAAGUCGAUGAUAUGAUCAAAGAGGCUGAUUUGAAUGGUGAUGGAAUGGUCAAUUAUGAAGAGUUUGUGACAAUCCUGACGUCUAAGAAUUAGUUUGUAUGACAAAUUUAAGAAGAGAU